UGUUGAGACAGACAUUGCUUGUGUGUGAUCAAAGGUGAGUGAUUUUUCAAUUCCUACUCUUAUUAUAUUGAUUUAUUUGCAUUUGGCAAACCAGUUUUUUAUUUGAUCUUUGUUUAAUCUUUGCCUACUGUAUCCAAUUCUACUGUAUUGUAUUGAUCCCUAUAAAAAAAUAAUAAGAAUACUUUUUAUAACAAUAAAAUGGCAAUAUAUUUGGCAACGCUGUAACUAAAAUGGCAAUAUAUUUGGCAACGCUGUAACUGAUGGUUGUAAAUAUGAAUGCUGAUAUAUUGCCAUUCAGGGCAAACUAAAAAAAGACAUAACAGAUUCCUUCCAAAUAUCCCUCUCUCUCGACCUGUGCAACUAUCAUCCUGACACUUACCUACCUUGGCCAUAACCAAAUCAGUUUUGUUGAGGAAAAUAUAGACCAUAGCUCAGUGAAAUUGUCAUUGCGCUCUUAUUUGUUCUAUGAAUCCUUGCUGUCGUUAUAUGUUCAAUAAUUGACUGUAAUUGUUCUUUAAUCUAACUUGAUUUAUCUUCUAAAUAUUAAAACUAGCUAUAUUGCAAUUUAAUUACUGUUAUCAAAAUGUUAUUUUCAAUUCUAUAAUUUGAUAUUCUAUGUAAAGUGUUCUACAUAAAAGCAAAAUAUGUGAAUUAUACAAAUAAAAUAUGAAGAUGGACAGAAGACAGACAGAUUAAGAUAGAUUAACCCAUACACUCAACUUUUUAUCUAUAAAGGCAUGAAUAUUCCACAAACACCCCCUCUAACAAUACUUACCUGAAUGUAGUAUUUUUUCGUUACAGGAAAACAAGGGGUAAUAAAAUCCCCCCAGGUUUCAUUAAUAAACAUCUGGAUCUUACUUGAGAGUAACAGGAAAUUUCUGAAUUUUAGAAUCUCAGUUUAGAGUUAAUCUAAAGAAAAACAACUAACGCAAAAAUAUAUUUUUAUGAUAAAUGACAAUCUAGUUAUUUAAUAUUCCGUAUAGUUUCAUAUUAAGUUAAUUUAGCUUAAGGUUUAAUUCUAAGUAACAAUAUCUGGUUAUUUGCAAUAAAUAGGACAGGCGCUGUAUGAAAUCAGAAAUGUGUUUUGCAUUUUUUUAGGAAAGAUUUAAAAACAGUUAAUUGUGUAAUUCCUGUCUGACCCCUGUGGAUUUCCUUGAGUGUAAUCCAUCGCAUGUCUUGCAGUAGUUCUAUGUUGUUGUACAAGUAUAUGGAGCGCUUUACUGCCCUUUGAUGUAGCUACUAAUGAUUUCAGCAUGGCCAUAAAAUGUAUGCGCGUUAUUUAAGUUAUUUUUAGUUUUUAUUUAAAAAAAUUUCCACCUGAAAAACAUAUAUACAACUGGCAAGGGGAAGGCAUAUUUCGAUUUACUUUAUUAACCCAUUCGUUUUUAGAGGGCUUUCUCUGCAGUAAUUAUUAAAACAAUGUGGAUAGUUUGUUAUGUGUUUGACCAUUCUUAAAGGACCACUAUAAUGCCAGGAAAACAUACUCGUUUUCCUGGCACUAUAGUGCCCUGAGGGUGCUCCCACUCUCCGUCCUCCUCCCGCCCGGCUCUGGGGAAAGGAAAGGGGUUAAAACUUACCUUUUUCCAGCGCCGGGCGGGGAGCUCUCCGCCUCCGAUCCUCCUCCUCUCCUCCUAUUCGGCUGAAUGCGCAUGCGGCGGAAAGAGCUGCGCGCGCAUUCAGCCGGUCUCAUAGGAAAGCAUUUACAAUGCUUUCCUAUGGACGCUUGCGUGUUCUCACUGUGAUUUUCACAGUGAGAAUCACGCUAGCGCCUCUAGCGGCUGUCAAUGAGACAGCCACUAGAGGCUUUGAGGGCUGGAUUAACCCAUUUAUAUAAAAGUGUGAGCUGCUGCAGACCCCACACCAUCACAUCAAUCUCAGCCAGCAGCACCCCAUGCAAGCCACCCUCCCACAGACAAAAGUUAUGCUCACAGGUUGGCUGCAAAUAUAAAAACUGCUAUGUUUAUUAAAAAAAAGGGUUAAUCCUAGAGGGACCUGGCACCCAGACCACUUCAUUAAGCUGAAGUGGUCUGGGUGCCUAGAGUGGUCCUUUAAGGAGUUACUAAAACCCUUUCUCUGACAGUAAUUUCUUAGUUUAUAAUGCUUUACUGGCUUCACUGGGGCCCACAUGUACUUAGAGCCACCCGAUGGGUAUUGCUGAAUAAGGGCCUUGUCAAGUGCUGCGACCCUUUAAGAGCGCGACCGGGAGGAAGUAAGAGCCGGUCACUUCCUCCCAGGUAUAGAGAGCACCGCACCGGAGGGAAGCAAGAUGGAGACAAGCAAAGAGUGAGCUGCUGCAGACACCACACCAUCACAUCACAUCAAUCUCAGCCAGCAGCACCCCAUGCAAGCCACCCUCCCACAGACAAAAGUUAUGCUCACAGGUUGGCUGCAAAUAUAAAAAUGAUAACAUGUAUGUGUGUCAGUGUGUGUUUAUGUCAGUUUAUGUACCUAUGUGUGUAUGUGUAUCUAUGUGUGUAUGUAUAUCUGUGUGUCAAGGUGUAUGUAUGUAUCAGGGUUUCUAUCUGAGUGUGUAUGUGCCAGUGUGUGUAUCUGUAAGAGUGUGUAUCUGUCUGUCUAUCUUUGUGUGUGCAUGUGAAUGUGUGUGUAUGUAUCAGUGUGUUUAUAUGUGUGUAUCUGUGUGUUAAUUUGUAUGUAUGUGGCAGUGUACAUGCAUACAUCUCAGCAAUCAAACCAGCACAACAUGCAAACACACCCCUGCAAUCAAACAUAACCAGUACAUAAAAACACACCCCUGUAUUCAAUCUCCAAAAUUAUAUACAAACACACUCCUUUAUCAAACACCAAUGCUACCCAGAAAGGUACAUCAUUUAAAAGACAAACAAGUGUUACAAACAAACACACCCCUGCAAUCAAACACAAACAAUACAUACAAACACACUCCUGUAUUGAAAUGCAGAAAUGAUAUACAAACACCAAGACUACACACAAAAGCACACCUGCACUUAAAAGCCAACACUAUAUACAAACACAUCCCUGCAUUCAAAUGCAAAUACUACACAUCAAUACACCACUGCAUCUCAAUUACAACAGUACACCUCAACAUACACACAUACGCUAUACAAAAACUUCCAUUCAAACGCACAAAUACUGCUUACAAAUACAGAGCCUUCAGUUGUGAUGGUGUGGCUUUUAAAAUCACAUGUUUUACUGUUUAAAAAAGAUAAGAAAGUCAAAACAUUUUCUAAAAGUAAAUUUCAAUUUCCCGGUUGCUGAAGGGAUGAAAACCCCUUCAGUAACUUACCUGAGGCAGCGACGAUGUCCCUCGUCGCUGCUUCUCCCUCCGCGCCGCUCCUCCUUCUGACUGCGUCGGUUGGUAGGCGAGACCGAUCCCGCCCACCGUAAGAAAGCAUUGAAAACGCAUUGAAAAUACUUUCCUAUGGGGAAAUGAGCGAUGCUGGAGGUCCUCACACAGCGUGAGGACGUCCAGCGACGCUCUAGCACAGGUUUCCUGUGCUAGGAACCAGGAAGUGCCCUCUAGUGGCUGUCUAGUAGACAACCUCUAGUGGCUUUCUAGUAGACAGCCACUAGAGGUGGAGUUAACCCUGCAAGGUAAUUAUUGCAGUUUAUUAAAAAAAACUGCAAUAAUUACACUUGCAGGGUUAAGAGUAGUGGGAGUUGGCACCCAAACCACUCCAAUGGGCAGAAGUGGUCUGGGUGCCUGGAGUAUCCCUUUAACUGAUUCUUAUAGCACAUAUCAUGGACUUAUUUAUGGACAACACAGUCAAGAAGUUCUGAAAAUAGAAAUUGUUCUAUUGGUGGUAGUUCUGAGAUGGAUACAUAAUCAAAGCUCCAUCUAAUUUAUUCCAAUAUUAACUGCUCUCAAAUUAUGUUCUUUUAUUCCAGAUUCAAAGUAAGUUCCAUAUUGUUCCCCUGAAUGAAGAUGUGGAAACUUUGCUUGUGGAUCGAAUGGCUUUUCUUGACUCCACUGCUGACAAUCACAUCUAAGACACAUGCUCAAGCACUUAGGCAGACGAGAGUACCAUACAUAAAAGAUAAACCGUUUAUUUCCUUUUGGAAUGCACCUACAGCGCAGUGUAAACUGAGAUACAAAGUUGAUCUGGACCUCAGUGUUUUUGACAUUGUUGCAAACACCAAUGAAACUUUGAGUGGUUCUAAUGUCACAAUAUUCUAUCACACUCACCUUGGGUAUUACCCGUACAUCACCGAUGAUGGACACUCUUUUAAUGGUGGUGUGCCACAAAAUGAGAGCCUCAAAAAGCACCUGAAGCAAGCUGAGCUUGAUAUUGAAAAACUCAUACCAUGCAAAAAAUUUACUGGUCUAGGGGUAAUCGACUGGGAGAACUGGAGACCUCAAUGGGAUAGAAACUGGGGAAAUAAAACCGUCUACAGAAAUAAAUCCAUCGAACUCGUCAAGGCUCAACAUCCUGACUGGUCUCAUGUCAAGCUCAGUCAAGUAGCCAAAAAGGAAUUUGACCAAGCUGCGGAGAAUUUUAUGACUGAGACGAUUAUUAAAGCACAGAAUGUGAGGCCCCAUGGACUCUGGGGAUACUAUCUAUUUCCUGAUUGUUACAACUAUGACUACAAGACGCAUCCUCAUGCAUUCACAGGCAAAUGUCCAGAUAUUGAACUGAAACGUAAUGAUUUGCUGUUGUGGAUGUGGAAGAGUGUCAAUGCCCUGUACCCUUCUAUAUAUCUUGACUAUGUUUUGAAAUCAAGCCCAAAUGCUCUUAAAUUUGUUCACCAUCGUGUAAAAGAGGCAAUGAGAGUGGCUUCAAUGGCAAGAAAAGACUACGAUUUGCCAGUUUUUGUGUACUCCAGGCCUUUUUACGCAUACACUUUCCAUGUUUUGACAGAGGUAAGUUAAAUUAUACGCUAAAAAAGCCAUGCUAAUUAUAGUCAAAUUGUUAAUAAUGUUUCAUUCAUCGUAGGAUUAUUUAGGUAGUAUAACAUGCAGCACCUUUCAGAGGUGCAUGUUUCAGCCUGGGGCACACAGUAAAGGUUGGGACUAUGUGCGCAUGGUUGUAUACAUCACUGUGUGUGUUUGUGUGCAAUUUAUGCAUCUUGUUGAUAGGUCAUUCAUUGUGGAUAUGGGUUCUAGACUAAUCUACUGAUUUUCCUACUGUCAGCAAUACAAGUUUUAGGUGUUUUUUUUACUUUUGUAAUUAAUAUCUUGACUGUGCUUCUUUCUUCAUACUGUUCUCUGUGAGCUUCAACAUAGUGUCUAUUAGCAUUUCAGUCCUUUUUUUCUGUCUCUAUUACUUGAUUUUUCUGGGAAAGACAAUCAAUUGGAGAUUACCAAGCUAAAGCCUCAUUGGGACUAGGCCCACUUGUAUCCAUUACAUUCUGCGUAGCUUUCAAUUUCUUCUUCAUUCAUUGAUGAUAGUGGCCACCAGUCCAUAAAUACAUUAUGCUCAUAAGGCCUUUUACUCAAAUAUGGGGUUUUUACUUUCCUAAUGUUUACUUUCGGAAUUAGGCUUCAGGCGUGUUUAGAUUGCUAACUUCUCAAUCUGAUUCUGCCUGUCUUAGCUUAGCUAUCCCUUUAGGCUUGAAAGUACAAUUUAGAGGGCUAUUGCUGUUUAAUGGGUGGAUGAGUUGUGUUUCUGUUUCUAACAGUCUGUGUCGUGGACCUCUAUCUAUCACAAUGUCACUGUUACUAUACAGUUAUUUGAUUUAAAAAUGAAGGGCUAUCAUACCUCAACAAGACUUUCUGACAAUUUCAUAUCCAGAUAUACAAGCAAUCACUUGAAUGAAUAUAUAUACAGUGAGGGGAAAAAAAGUAUUUGAUCCCCUGCUGAUAUUGAAUGUUUGUCCACUGACGAAGAAAUGAUCAGUCUAUAAUUUUAAUGGUAGGUGUAUUUUAACAGUGAGAGACAGAAUAACCAAAAAAAAUAAAAAAUGUCAAAAUAGUUACAAAUUGAUUUGCAUGUCAAUGAGUGAAAUAAGUAUUUGACCCCUUUGACUUAGUACUUGGUGGCAAAUCACAGAGGUCAGAUGUUUCUUGUAGUUGGCCACCAGGUUUGCACAUAUCUCAGGAGGGAUUUUGUCCCACUCUUUUAUGCAGAUCAUCUCCAAGUCAUUAAGGUUUCAAGGAUGAUGUUUGGCAACUCGAACCUUGAGCUCCCUCCACAGAUUUUCUACGGGAUUAAGGUCUGGUGACUGGAUAGGCCACUCCAGGACCUUAAUGUGCUUCUUCUUGAGCCUUGGCUGUGUGUUUUGGGUCAUGCUAGAAUACCCAUCUACAAACCAUUUUUAAUGCCCUGGCUGAUGUUCUCACCCAAGAUUUUGACGGUACAUGGCCCCAUCCAUCGUCCCUUUGAUGGGGUGCAGUUGACCUGUCCUCUUAGCAGAAACCCCAACCCCCCCAAAGCAUUAUUUUUCCACCUCCAUGUUUGACGGUGGGGAUGGUGUUCUUGGGGUCAGAGGCAGCAUUCCUCCUCCUCCAUACAUGGCAAGUUGAGUUAAUGCCAAAGAGCUCGAUUUUGGUCUCAUCUGACCACAACACUUUCACCCAGUUCGCUUUUGAAUCAUUUAGAUGUUCAUUGGCAAACUUCAGACGGGCCUGUACAUGUGCUUUCUUGAGCAGGGGGACCUUCUGGGAGCUGCAGGAUUACAGUCCUUCACAUCAUAGUGUGUGACCAAUUGUUUUCUUGGUGACUAUGGUCCCAGCUGCCUUAAGAUCAUUAACAAGAUCCUCCCGUGUAGUUCUGGGCUGAUUCCUCACCAUUCUCAUGAUCAUUGAAACUCCACAAGGUGAGAUCUUACAAAUGUGUUUCUUCCAUUUGCAAAUAAUCACACCAACUGUUGUCACCUUCUAACCAAGCUGCUUGGCAAUGGUCUUGUAGACCAUUCCAGCCUUGUGUAGGUCUACAAUUGUGUCCCUGACAUCCUUGGACAGCUCUUUGAUCUUGGCCAUGGUGGAGAGUUUGGAAUCUGAUUGAUUGCUUCUGUGGACAGGUGUCUUUUUCUACCAGUAACAAGCUGAGAUUAGGAACACUCCCUUUAAGAUGGUUCUCCUCAGCUCAUUACCUGUAUAAAACUGAGAGCCAGAAAUCUUACUGAUUGAUAGGGGAUCAAAUACUUAUUUCACUCAUUGACAUGCAAAUUACUUUUUUGACAAGCGUUUUUCUGGAUUUUUUUAAUGUUAUUCUGUCUCUCACUGUUAAAAUACACCUACCAUUAAAAUUAUAGACUGAUCAUUUCGUUGUCAGUGGACAAACAUUCAAAAUCAGCAGGAGAUCAGAUACUUUCUUCUCUCACUGUAUGAGUGUGUUUUUCCCAGAGUUACAAACUUGCACUAUCCUAGUUUUUAGGAUUGAUCUAUUUUAUGAUAAGAGUCCCUCCAGAUGAUUUACCACAAAUGUAAAGUAAAGAUUAAUUUAAUUCCUGUACGUAUUUUUUAUUUUGUGUCUUCAGGCUGACCUAGUUAAAACAAUCGGGGAGAGUGCUGCGUUAGGGGCAGCAGGAAUCGUGCUGUGGGGAGGGAUGGAUUACGCCAGUACGAAGGUAAAUAUAGAAUUUUCGUUCCAUGCUGUGUUUCGGUUUAAACUGUAUGUCAUGCAACUAUGUGGUUUCACUAUAGAGUAUAAUUCUUACAUGGGUAUUCACUAUAGUAAAAAUUGUUGCGAAUUCAAAAUGAUUCUCAAAUUUAAAGCUAAAAUAGCCACCAUGGAGCUUACUUGACUUGAAGAUUUUUUCUAAUUCGGUUACUUUGACCUUAAAUUUGGAAUUCACUUUGAAUUCUCACUUUGGAGCAUAACCUAAUUAAUUAAUUAAAGUGAAUUCAAAGUAAAUUCAGAUUUGAAGGGAAACAAUUGUGCCAAGAAAACAAAGUUGUUUUCUUAGCAUUACAGCUCACUAUAGUGCUAUAUACUAGCUCCCUAUUAGACCUCUAUGCCAUUGGACCACCCCCGGGUUAGCCCCCCCAUAUUGAGAAUUUUAACAAAAGAUUAUUCCAUUUGUUAGAUCUUUGUUAGAUCAGGUUUGAUCAACAAUUUUUUUCGUUAGAUCUACUCUAAAAUAUGCGAUAUUAACAAUCAUUGUCAGGGGGGGCUAACCCGUAGCCAGCCCCCCCUCAACAAAAAUUUGGAGAAAAUGUUGUUGAUUAUGAUAGCUCUACGUUAGAUCAGGUUUGAUCAGGCAAAAUUUUUGUUUGAUCUAGUCUAAUUACUGAGAUAUUGCAUAUAUAAUUAGGGGGGGCUGGCCCCCCCUCAACUGAAAUUUGGACAAAAUGUUACUGAUUUUGGUAGCUAUUCGUUAGAUCAGGUUUGAUCAACUGUUUUUUUCGUUAGAUCUAUCACGCAAGAGGCGGUAUUCACUACUUAACUUUGUGGGCGUGACUACGGGUUAGCCCCCCCUCAAGUGAAAUUUGAAUUUUUUUUUAUUGAUUUUGGUAGCUAUUCGUUAGAUCAGGUUUGAUCAACUGUUUUUUUCGUUAGAUCUAUCACGCAAGAGGCGGUAUUCACUACUUAACUUUGUGGGCGUGACUACGGGUUAGCCCCCCCUCAAGUGAAAUUUGAAUUUUUUUUUAUUGAUUUUGGUAGCUAUUCGUUAGAUCAGGUUUGAUCAACUGUUUUUUUCGUUAGAUCUAUCACGCAAGAGGCGGUAUUCACUACUUAACUUUGUGGGCGUGACUACGGGUUAGCCCCCCCUCAAGUGAAAUUUGAAUUUUUUUUUAUUGAUUUUGGUAGAUAUUCGUUAGAUCAGGUUUGAUCAACUGUUUUUUUCGUUAGAUCUAUCACGCAAGAGGCGGUAUUCACUACUUAACUUUGUGGGCGUGACUACGGGUUAGCCCCCCCUCAAGUGAAAUUUGAAUUGUUUUUUAUUGAUUUUGGUAGCUAUUCGUUAGUUCAGGUUUGAUCAACUGUUUUUUUUCGUUAGAUCUAUCACGCAAGAGGCGGUAUUCACUACUUAACUUUGUGGGCGUGACUACGGGUUAGCCCCCCCUCAAGUGAAAUUUGAAUUUUUUUUAUUGAUUUUGGUAGAUAUUCGUUAGGUCAGGUUUGAUCAACUGUUUUUUUCGUUAGAUCUAUCACGCAAGAGGCGGUAUUCACUACUUAACUUUGUGGGCGUGACUACGGGUUAGCCCCUCCUCAAUUGAAAUUUAAUUUUUUUUUAUUGAUUUUGGAAGCUAUUCGUUAGGUCAGGUUUGAUCAACUGUUUUUUUCGUUAGAUCUAUCACGCAAGAGGCGGUAUUCACUACUUAAUUUUGUGGGCGUGACUACGGGUUAGCCCCCCCUCAAGUGAAAUUUGAAUUUUUUUUAUUGAUUUUGGUAGAUAUUCGUUAGAUCAGGUUUGAUCAACUGUUUUUUUCGUUAGAUCUAUCACGCAAGAGGCGGUAUUUAGCCCCCCCUCAUGUGAAAUUUGAAUUUUUUUUCAUUGAUUUUGGUAGCUAUUUGUUAGAUUAAGUAAGAUCAACUGUUUUUUUUCCGUAAGAUCUAUCACGCAAAAGGCGGUAUUCACAAUCUUAUUUUAAUUUUGCACAUAAAUACCAGUACAUUUUCAUAUCAAGCCACAGGUGACAUCAUAAUUUAGGAAUUUGCUUGGAUUUGCUAACACAAUGUGUAGAUCAUUUUCAAUAUUUUUUUUUAUUCUCUACAUGCACAGUAUUGAGGUGAUAAAGUCCAGCAUAUGCCCAGCCUGAACUUAUUAGUGAUAUUUGAAUACAGUUGCAAGAAAAAGUAUGUGAGCCCUUUGGAAUGAUAUGGAUUUCUGCACAAAUUGGUCAUAAAAUGUGAUCUGAUCAUCAUCUAAGUCACAACAAUAGACAAUCAGUCUGCUUAAACUAAUAACACACAAAUAAUGAAAUGUUGCCAUGUUUUUAUUGAACACACCAUGUAAACAUUCACAGUGCAGGUGGAAAAGUAUGUGAACCCCUAGACUAAUGACAUCUCCAAGAGCUAAUUGGAGUGAGAUGUCAGCCAACUGGAGUCCAAUCAAUGAGAUGAGAUUGGAGGUGUUGGUUACAGCUGCCCUGCCCUAUAAAAAACACACACCAGUUCUGGGUUUGCUUUUCACAAGAAGCAUUGCCUGAUGUGAAUGAUGCUUCGCACAAAAGAGCUCUCAGAAGAACUACGAUUAAGAACUGUUGACUUGCAUUAAGCUGGAAAGGGUUAUAAAAGUAUCUCCAAAAGCCUUGCUGUUCAUCAGUCCACGGUAAGACAAAUUGUCUAUAAAUGGAGAAAGUUCAGCACUGCUGCUACUCUCCCUAGGAGUGGCCGUCCUGUAAAGAUGACUGCAAGAGCACAGCGCAGACUGCUCAAUGAGGUGAAGAAGAAUCCUAGAGUGUCAGCUAAAGACUUACAAAAGUCACUGUCAAAUGCUAACAUCCCUGUUAGCGAAUCUACAAUACGUAAAACACUAAACAAGAAUGGAUUUCAUGGGAGGAUACCACAGAGGAAGCCACUGCUGUCCAAACAAAACAUUGCUGCACGUUUACAGUUUGCACAAGAGCACCUGGAUGUUCCACAGCAGUACUGGCAAAAUAUUCUGUGGACAGAUGAAACCAAAGUUGAGUUGUUUGGAAGAAACACACAACACUAUAUGUGGAGAAAAAGAGGCACAGCACACCAACAUCAAAACCUCAUCCCAACUGUGAAGUAUGGUGGUGGGGGCAUCAUGGUUUGGGGCUGCUUUGCUGCGUCAGGGCCUGGACGAUUGCUAUCAUUGAAGGAAAAAUGAAUUCCCAAAUUCCCAAGACAUUUUGCAAGAGAACUUAAGGCCAUCUGUCUACCAGCUGAAGCUCAACAGAAGAUGGGUGUUGCAACAGGACAAUGACCCAAAGCAUAAAAGUAAAUCAACAACAGAAUGGCUUAAACAGAAGAAAAUACACCUUCUGAAGUGGCCCAGUCAGAGUCCUGACCUCAACCCGAUUGAGAUGCUGUGGCAUGACCUCAAGAAAGCGAUUCACACCAGACAUCCCAAGAAUAUUGCUGAACUGAAACAGUUCUGUAAGAGGAAUGGUCAAGAAUUACUCCUGACCUGGGCAGCUGUAACCAACACCUCCAAUCUCAUCUCAUUGAUUGGACUCCAGUUGGCUGACAUCUCACUCCAAUUAGCUCUUGGAGAUGUCAUUAGUCUAGGGGUUCACAUACUUUUUCCACCUGCACUGUGAAUGUUUACAUGGUGUGUUCAAUAAAAACAUGGCAACAUUUCAUUCUUUGUGUGUUAUUAGUUUAAGCAGACUGAUUGUCUAUUGUUGUGACUUAGAUGAUGAUCAGAUCACAUUUUAUGACCAAUUUGUGCAGAAAUCCAUAUCAUUCCAAAGGGCUCACAUACUUUUUCUUGCAACUGUAUUCAAAUAUCACUAAUAAGUUCAGGCUGGGCAUAUGCUGGACUUUAUCACCUCAAUACUGUGCAUGUAGAGAAAAAAAAAAAAAUAUUGAAAAUGAUCUACACAUUGUGUUAGCAAAUCCAAGCAAAUUCUUAAAUUAUGAUGUCACCUGUGGCUUGAUAUGAAAAUUUACUGGUAUUUAUGUGCAAAAUUAAAAUAAGAUUGUGAAUACCGCCUUUUGCGUGAUAGAUCUUACGGAAAAAAACAGUUGAUCUUACUUAAUCUAACAAAUAGCUACCAAAAUCAAUGAAAAAAAAUUCAAAUUUCACUUGAGGGGGGGCUAACCCGUAGUCACGCCCACAAAGUUAAGUAGUAAAUACCGCCUCUUGCGUGAUAGAUCUAUCGAAAAAAACAGUUGAUCAAACCUGAUCUAACGAAUAUCUACCAAAAUCAAUAAAAAAAAAUUCAAAUUUCACUUGAGGGGGGGGGCAAACCCAUAGUCACGCCCACAAAGUUAAGUAGUGAAUACCGCCUCUUGCGUGAUAGAUCUAACGAAAAAAACAGUUGAUCAAACCUGAUCUAACGAAUAUCUACCAAAAUCAAUGAAAAAAUAUUCAAAUUUCACUUGAGAGGGGGCUAACCCGUAGUCACGCCCACAAAGUUAGGUAGUGAAUACCGCCUCUUGCGUGAUAGAUCUAAUGAAAAAAACAGUUGUUCAAACCUGUUCUAAUGAAUAUCUACCAAAAUCAAUAAAAAAAAAAAAUCUAAUUUCACUUGAGGGGGGGCUAACCCGUAGUCACGCCCACAAAGUUAAGUAGUGAAUACUGCCUCUUGCGUGAUAGAUCUAACGAAAAAAACAGUUGAUCAAACCUGAUCUAAUGAAUAUCUACCAAAAUCAAUAAAAAAAAAUUCAAAUUUCACUUGAGGGGGGGCUAACCCGUAGUCACGCCCACAAAGUUAAGUAGUGAAUACCGCCUCUUGCGUGAUAGAUCUAACGAAAAAAACAGUUGAUCAAACCUGAUCUAACGAAUAGCUACCAAAAUCAAUAAAAAAUAAAUAAAUUUCACUUGAGGAGGGGCUAACCCGUAGUCACGCCCACAAAGUUAGGUAGUGAAUACCGCCUCUUGCGUGAUAGAUCUAACGAAAAAAACAGUUGAUCAAACCUGAUCUAACGAAUAGCUACCAAAAUCAAUAAAAAAAAAUUAAAAUUUCACUUGAGGGGGGGCUAACCCGUAGUCACGCGCACAAAGUUAAGUAGGGAAUACCGCCUCUUGCGUGAUAGAUCUAACGAAAAAAACAGUUGAUCAAACCUGAUCUAAUGAAUAGCUACCAAAAUCAAUGAAAAAAUAUUCAAAUUUCACUUGAGGGGGGGCUAACCCGUAGUCACGCCCACAAAGUUAAGUAGUGAAUACCGCCUCUUGCGUGAUAGAUCUAACGAACAAAAACAGUUGAUCAAACCUGAUCUAACGAAUAGCUACCAAAAUCAAUAAAAAAAAAUUCAAAUUUCACUUGAGGGGGGGCUAACCCGUAGUCACGCCCACAAAGUUAAGUAGUGAAUACCGCCUCUUGCGUGAUAGAUCUAACGAAAAAAACAGUUGAUCAAACCUGAUCUAACGAAUAGCUACCAAAAUCAAUAAAAAAAAUUCAAAUUUCACUUGAGGGGGGCUAACCCGUAGUCACGCCCACAAAGUUAAGUAGUGAAUACCGCCUCUUGCGUGAUAGAUCUAACGAAAAAAACAGUUGAUCAAACCUGAUCUAACGAAUAGCUACCAAAAUCAAUAAAAAAAAAUUCAAAUUUCACUUGAGGGGGGGCUAACCCGUAGUCACGCCCACAAAGUUAAGUAGUGAAUACCGCCUCUUGCGUGAUAGAUCUAACGAAAAAAACAGUUGAUCAAACCUGAUCUAACGAAUAUCUACCAAAAUCAAUAAAAAAAAAUUCAAAUUUCACUUGAGGGGGGGCUAACCCGUAGUCACGCCCACAAAGUUAAGUAGUGAAUACCGCCUCUUGCGUGAUAGAUCUAACGAAAAAAACAGUUGAUCAAACCUGAUCUAACGAAUAGCUACCAAAAUCAAUAAAAAAAAAUUCAAAUUUCACUUGAGGGGGGGCUAACCCGUAGUCACGCCCACAAAGUUAAGUAGUGAAUACCGCCUCUUGCGUGAUAGAUCUAACGAAAAAAACAGUUGAUCAAACCUGAUCUAACGAAUAGCUACCAAAAUCAGUAACAUUUUGUCCAAAUUUCAGUUGAGGGGGGGCCAGCCCCCCCUAAUUAUAUAUGCAAUAUCUCAGUAAUUAGACUAGAUCAAACAAAAAUUUUGCCUGAUCAAACCUGAUCUAACGUAGAGCUAUCAUAAUCAACAACAUUUUCUCCAAAUUUUUGUUGAGGGGGGGCUGGCUACGGGUUAGCCCCCCCUGACAAUGAUUGUUAAUAUCGCAUAUUUUAGAGUAGAUCUAACGAAAAAAAUUGUUGAUCAAACCUGAUCUAACAAAGAUCUAACAAAUGGAGUAAUCUUUUGUUAAAAUUCUGAAUAUGGGGGGGCUAACCCGGGGGUGGUUGCCAUUGGUAAAGUUGGAAGAAGAAGCAUUUGGGGUAGUGAAUGUACUGUAUGUCAUUCACUCAUAUACCCUGAGUUAAUAUCCCCUCACAUGGCAAUGCAAGCUUCAAGUAAGAGAUCUAUACAUUUGCCUACAAUUUUGCUAACACAAUGCAGCUAUUAAAUUGUAAUGACUAGCUGAAACACUUCUUAUCAUCAACAUAUCUCCCCAAAACAUGCUAAUUCCAAAAGCAGCAGGAACCAUGCAUUAAUGCUCUACCUCCAGGCACUCACAUGUGUUCUGCAGAUGUUCUCUUUCAUGGGACAGAGUCCUUGUUGAGACCCCUCAUGACCUGUGUCUCACGGGGUGGUUAUUGAUACUAGCUAAGUGUCGUUAUCUAACAUGAUCAAGUGGAGGGCUAAAUUCCUUAAAGAAAGCUUAGAAGGUUCCAUUAGAAGAUAUCAAUUCUGUUGCAUCACAUAACUUGUUCAAUAAGCUUUCCACAAAUGAUAAGGGAUGCGUGGACUUUCAGCAGCUACAUAUGGUCUGCAUUUGGAAGACAAUGCUGUAUGGACUUUCAUGGGCUCCAUCUGGUCUACAGUAGGAUAACAAUGUUGCAACAGUAGCAAUAAAAUCCAUUCUGUAACUGCACAUCAUUGCUAAAGAUUCCUACAGAUCCUUUCAUUUGCUAAAGAAGCUUAUUAUUAAAAAGGUUUUUUUUAAUACGUAAGCCUAAUGUAAAAUAAUGGUCACUGCAGUUAAGAUAGGUUAAUAAAAGGUUAAAGUGAAUAUGAAUUAAUUACUAUUGGCAUUUCUGAACCUUUUAACCAGGAGAUGAUAAUAAAACUAAUUUCAAAAGACAUUUUAAAUUUGCAACACUAUCGUUAUGUUUAACCAUUUAUUCACUAACCAUGGGCUUACAAUGAACUGAAAACCAUUCUGCAAUUUUGAAUCGAAAUAGCUGCUUGGGAAAAGAAAAUGUGCAAUUUAGCACAAAUGUUUUACAUUUUGGCUUAGAUUUUGAAAUUCAUUUUUCAAUCCGCCCAAAAUCACUAUUUAGUAAAUAACCCUCCUGCUAUUAUUAUAACGGCCAUGCUUAAUGUUUCGUAAAUGUAUUCUGAUAAAUUUGUUUUGAUUUGCAUAGCUUAUUCUUACAUUAAAGGGACACUAUAGUCACCUGAACAACUUUAGCUUAAUGAAGCAGUUUUGGUGUAUAGAACAUGCCCCUGUAGCCUCACUGCUCAAUCCUCUGCCAUUUAGGAGUUAAAUCCCUUUGUUUAUGAACCCUAGUCACACCUCCCUGCAUGUGACUUGCACAGCCUUCCAUAAACACUUCCUGUAAAGAGAGCCCUAUUUAGGCUUUCUUUAUUGCAAGUUCUGUUUAAUUAGGAUUUUCUUAUCCCCUGCUAUGUUAAUAGCUUGCUAGACCCUGCAAGAGCCUCCUGUAUGUGAUUAAAGUUCAAUUUAGAGAUUGAGAUACAAUUAUUUAAGGUAAAUUACAUCUGUUUGAAAGUGAAACCAGUUUUUUUUUCAUGCAGGCUCUGUCAAUCAUAGCCAGGGGAGGUGUGGCCAGGGCUGCAUAAACAGAAACAAAGUGAUUUAACUCCUAAAUGACAGUGAAUUGAGCAGUGAAAUUGCAGGGGAAUGAUCUAUACACUAAAACUGCUUUAUUUAGCUAAAGUAAUUUAGUUGACUAUAGUGUUACUUUAAUCUUUAUAAAAUGUGUGAUGUCAAAUUAUAACACAUGCAUUCCAUCCACUGUUCCAUCUGAACGCUAUGAAUUUCUCUCUUUGAGUGCCUGAUGGAAGCAUGUGUUCUAACUUUGCCUAUGCUGUCUGGGAGUAAUAAACCAUUAAUUUAUGUUACACAACACACUUUUCAUAUUCCAUAGACAGAGGUCUGUGCAUUCUGACAAACUUGAGUUGAUAAAUGAGUUUCCAACUUAGAUGAAUUGUAAAUUUUAUAGGCUAUUUAUUACAGCCCAAACUCUGUGUAGCAAUGAGUGUGGUGGUUUCUGCUGUCUUUUAAUUUAGACAAUAGACAUGAGGGGCUCGCAGGUAAUAUUGGGCAUUGUCACAAUACUUUGUACCAAGUUACAUUUAUUACCAUAAAACUGUUAUUCUAUAAGGCAUAGUGCAGUGAUGGCUUUCCUCCAGAUGGUUCAAAAUUGCAUUUAUCGUAUUGGCUGGCUGGUCAUCUUGGGGGCGGGGGGAAUUCUCAAAAACAUCUGGGGCACCUAGGUUAAUUGUCAUUAGUUAAAGGGAUCAAGUAAUAUUGCCUUUAAAAUAAAAUUACAAUACUAUGAUAUUGUUCACACAAACAUGUUGUUUCUUCCUUUCAGGAAAGCUGUAAUACUGUAAAGAAAUACGUGGAUGGACCCCUGGGCCACUACAUUGUUAAUGUGACUUCAGCAGCCAAACUUUGUAGUAAAGUUUUAUGCAAAAUGAAUGGGAGGUGUAUCAGGAAGCACGUUCAUUCAACGUCCUACUUACAUUUAAACCCUAAUAACUACGAGAUCAAGAAACGUUCUCAAGGUCGGGGACAUUCUGUUACGGGGAGCCUGGGAGAGGAAGACAUUUUGUACAUGAAGCAGAAGUUUGUGUGUCAGUGUUAUGAAGGUUGGAUUGGAAUAUCCUGCGAACUCCCAAAAUCUGGAAAACUAAAUUGGAAAAGAAACGAUUUUACAAGUGGGUCAGGAAAGAUAGCUGCCUUGAAUAUUGUGUUCUACGCAGUAUUUCAAAUUAGUAUUUUAUUACAAAUCAAUGCUUGAGAUUUAGAAACAAGGCACAAGUAAUCCUCGUAACUAUUUGACAGGUCAUGUAUUAACGAUUGCAAUGGGAUGUGCAGAAAUUAUCUUCUCUUCUCUUCUUAUAAAGGAUUAAUAGGUGGGAUUGUACCUCUAGGUCGACAAAAACAGUGAGAGAGUAAUUGUGUGAUUCUGCCAUUAUGGUUAAAUGUGACAAAAGAGGUCAAAUUGAAGCAUUAUCAUCAAAAUGUUGAUGGGUUAUUUUUAUUUCUAAAUGCAUAAAACCCACUAUAACUAGAAUCUAGGCACUGGACUGUUUUUUCACAUAAUAAAGAGUGACUAAAGUGACUUGGAUUUUCAUAAAACAUUGAAAAAUGCACCGAGAAACAGUUGUCCAUCCUCAAACUCAACUUACAAAUACAGAGCAAUCCAUGUACAUUAUUUGUAUCAAGAAAAGAUAUGGACUUUUGACAAGGCCAGAUUUCCCAUACGACAGACUUGUCAUUGGCAGAAAGCACUAUUUUUGGUAUUGCAAUGUAGUCAACAUGUUCCCAACUGGCCAGCCGGCCUGAAAGACUUCUUAGAAAGAAUACAUAUGUGGAAUAUUUCUAUUUUAUGUGAAAUAAUGUAGGACCAAUAUAAACUACUGUCUGUUGACCUGUUCUUCAACAUGUAUGAUGGUCAUCCUGAAAAGUCAUUUAUUGAGACUAGGAGAACAUAAGAUUUCUCCUUCAGUAUGGAAGGGAUAUUUACAGUAAGUACAAUAAAGAUAUAUGGCAUUUGUUGCUCAAAACACUUGCUAUAUCAAAUUUAAAGGAGGACUCCAAAAUCCAUAUCAGUGGAGGUGGUCUGCGGGGUCUGUGAGGCUGCACCCUGGCAGUUUGAUUGGUGAUGCUUGAGGUUUGCAGCUCUCGGGUUACUGAUCACUGUAAAAGCUCCUCCUGAUCUGGGAUUUUUAGGGAGCACUUAAAGGGAUCUGCACCACCUGAGUUGCAGACACAAGCUCCCUCACCUUAAUGAGAGGGCUAUUCUGGGAGAUCUUUCGAGCUUACUCAAAGCUCAUCCACAGUCAAUGCCUAAUUCACAUGCGGUAAUGCAGGCCAUGAUGUGUCCUCUGGAACCAUUGUGCUCUUGCCGACUGUCUAGGUUUCCCUAAUGGACAGGAUCGCCCUUAUUAGAAAGGUGAGUAGAGACAUAGCCACAUACCUUACUGUUAAGUGAAAAUAUGUUUACAUUUAGUAGUAUGAGACUUUUUUAGUUCAACAUAUUUUAACACAUUUCCUCUGUAUAAGACAAUUAAUGUCAUUCAGAAUGGAUAAUGUGCUUCAGAUUCUUGAAAAUACGGAUCAUAAAUAUGUAGAAAAAUGAAUAUUGUCAGUGUACGCAUUGGCAAGCUUUAACUAUGUUGGGGAAUGUUUCCAAACCAGUUAUUUUAGGAUACAUUUUGCAAACUGGGUUUUUGUAUAACCACAGCACCUGUGAAAUGCUAUUUUUUUACAAUUUUGUUAGCAGGUAAGUGAAAGCGGUUUUAGUUUUAAUGACUGUCUUUUGACCUGGGUUAGCACACAUUUAUUUAUACCACAAAUCUGAAUUUCCAAUACAGAAAUUAACCUCGUCUGGAAUGUAGCAAUUAAAAGGUUCUUGUAAUAUUCAAAAGCUUGUUUUAGAAUCAAAAGUUAAAUAUCCCUAACACAAACUAAUAUAAUUAAAAGUUAACUAUCCCUAAUGCAAACUAAUGUAUAUUUAUUGGUCACAUGACCCCUAAAUUUCUACUAAUAAGAAAUAUGCCAAUUGCAAUUCUGGCAUUUUCAUUCAUCAAUAUAAAUGCGUAAAUAAUAUGUAUUCAGUGAAUGACAUCCAUUGCACAGCUUCCACUCACCCACAAGGGGUUAUUCAUUGAGAUGGUUUAAGAGAAUGUAAUGCGUGAUCAGCACCAGCAUUAUAUAAAGGGAACUGCGAGAUCCAGACAGCUGCACAUAUUUACAAUCAGCAACUCUCAGAUGAAAUUACAUUUUUUAAAGCUUGCGUUUGUCAACUUUUAUAUGAGAAGGAGUCUGAUUGAUUUGUAGCUUGUUAC